GUACGCUUCAUACCAAUAUAUUCUCCUCCACUUUCCCACGGCAGACUUCUCAACUUCUUCUGUAGGUUUCCCAUGUAUUGCUACUAUUUUCAAACAAAAAACUGAUAUAAUUUUUUUAGGCUUCCUUUUCUAAAAAAAAUUCUCUUUUCUUCUUUGUGUCCCAACCUUUCUCUUUCGUAUGAUCUUCUCCAUAACUCUUUCUUAUGGAGCUUUUUCACCCUUCCCAUCUGUUACAUCCAUUCAUUUUUCUCCUUCUUCCACUUUGAUUCGAAAAUCAUAAACGCCAUGUCCUUCUGAUUCCUCUCUCCUCCGCGCCAACCACCUCCCCUCCACUGCCCGCCGCUUCUCCAAACAAGAACUCCGAUAAAGCUCUCUUCUAUGGUAUUGACAAUCACCUCCGCAACGCUACUUCUCCGCCUCCGUUCUCCGGCAUCGACGCUUCCAUCGUCGUCUCCGUCCGUCCUGCAUCGGAAGGAUUAUCUUCUACUUUCACAGCCACGGAGAAUGGUUCCACUUGGAUUGCUAUCGGUGGUCAACUCUCCAGCUACGACUGGAAUCUAAUCCAUUCCGUAACCGUCCGUUCACAUCUCGAUGAAAUCAAUUCAAUUUGCAGAGUCUGGCCAGAGAGUGCCGCCGCUGGAACUGAAUCUGUUUCUGUUGCUGUUAAAGAGUUGUUUUGGUUUUGACACAUUUUUCACUACGAAUGUUCGUAGAUUUGGUGACGGAGGCAUUUUCAUUGGGAAUUUAAGGAGACCAAUUGAUGAAGUCAUUCCAAAGUUGGAGAAGAAACUCUCUGAUGCAGCAGGUAUUGCAGUGACAAUAUAGUUUCGCAUGGUUCUCAUCUCACACUUCGAUUUUGAUUUUUCUUUCACAAAUAAAGGUUUAGUGGCAAAGUAACUUUUAACAAUUAAAAUGUAAAGAUUGGUGCAACGCAUAUGCAACUUUAUGAAUGUAUGAUGUGCACGCAUUGAAGGUACAAAAAUACCCCAACAGGGAAGAGCUUUUUUAAUAUGCUACACAUAGAUUCUCAUGUUUAGAUAUGUAUAUCUUCAUUCAUUUUUUUUCUUGACCUUAACCCUCCUUUUCUACUUGAAGUUUUUGAUUGAGUUUAUGUCUUUCAAAACUAUUUUGGAAUCCACAGCUGAAAAAGAUUAAACUUAUGGGACUUACAUUUUAAGAUUUGAAGUACGAUUUUUUCAGAGCAGGAAUAAUUAAGGGUCACGCUCAUAUAGGAUUCAAGUUGCAUGUCCAGGUGAUGGACAAUACAGGAUCAACAAGUAUUAUCCUUUUUGACUGUAACAUUGCAAAUUAUGUGGGAAGGAGUGUUCAAGACCUAAUUGAUGCUCAGGGGCAGGCCAACAAUUCUCUUGGUUGCCCCAAAGAAUUGGGGCUGUUGGUUGGUAAACAGAUGUUGUUUAAAGUUGAGAUCACUGAUUGGAAUUUGGUACACAAUUGGCGAAAUCAUGGUGUCAAGAGGACUUCGGAUGAUGCUGAUCUGAUCAAAAGGUUUAUUGAGAAACAUAAUAUUAAGGAGAUUGCUGAAGAGGAUGAUUCUUGCAAUAACAAUGUUCCGCUAACACAAAUUGGUGAAGCGCGAUUGGAGAGCCGCCUUAUUGAGUUUGGUGAUUCAACCAAAACUGGGAAUGAUCUGGUGGAUAACGAGCAAACACCUGGUAGCAAAUCUGGAGGGAAAAGGUUUGCUGAUGCAGAGGAUUCUGCUAUACUUGGCACCGAAGAGAUUGGAGAUAGAUCAAUUAACAAGCUGCAGAAGAUGAUAUGUGUCAAGGUUGAGAAACUGAACUAAUGGGGAGGAUGAAGUCCAUAAUUUUAAAUUUCUGUUUUGUCUGAUACCAGAUUCUGUGUUGGUUCUGGAUCAAUAUGUUACGUUUAUUUGCUUUAGACUAUUUCCCAUUUUGGUGUAAUGUUUUUUGAACCUUAGGCCCUACUGCCUUUUGUUUGUUGCCCGUUUAUAUUUCUGUCAACUGUUUUGUCUGAAUCAAUCUAAAUAUUUCCUCCUAUUGAUGUUUCAACUGUUUGAGGUUUUACAUUUAUCA